AUGAAGAAUUCACAGUUCUUGCAAGUUGCCUGGGUCUAUUACCAUCUUUUCAGUCGGCUCAUCAGUUCACCAGUGCCUCUUGUCUUGAUUGGCCAGUGCCAGCAUUUGACAUGAUAUCACAGUGGUGCUCAGAAUUGGCUUCGUUUGCAGAGAAACAUCCAGAUCAAGUAAAGGCUUUGCUUAUCCAGGAACCUAAGUGGGACUUGCCACGGCUCCUUCAGUUGCCGGAGAAUUAUAAUACCAUUUUUCAGUAUUAUCACAGAAAGACUUGUACUGUUUGUACCAAGGUUCCUAAAGAUCCUGCUGUUUGUCUAGUUUGUGGUACUUUUGUAUGCUUGAAAGGACUAUGCUGCAAACAACAGAGUUACUGUGAAUGUGUGCUGCAUUCUCAAAACUGUGGAGCUGGGACAGGAAUAUUUCUUUUGAUUAAUGCAUCUGUAAUCAUCAUUAUACGAGGCCAUCGUUUCUGCCUUUGGGGUUCUGUUUAUCUAGAUGCACAUGGUGAAGAAGACCGAGAUCUGAGGCGUGGUAAACCUCUUUACAUCUGCAAGGAAAGAUACAAAGUGCUUGAGCAGCAGUGGGUGUCUCAUACCUUUGAUCAUAUCAAUAAAAGAUGGGGGCCACAUUAUAAUGGCUUGUGAAUCAUCAUCUACACACCAUGUCAUUGCUGUUACCAUGAAUGAAUUCAUCUUGACUGACAAUAGCUUUAACUGAAUAGGAGUUCAGCUCUUCAGCUCAGGGGUGGAGUUGGGUGUGGACAUAAAAGGGAAAUGGAACUUCGUCAAUGUGUGAAGUUUUUGCAAAAUUACCUGCUGUUGCUACUAAAUAGUGAGAAAAUAAUUUGAAAUUAAAUCCUCAAAAUGGCACAUGAGUAAUCUGAUUGCACUUAGUAGUCCAUUUUUCUUUUGCUUUUUAAAGCCCAUUACUGUUAAGAAGCACAAAUUUUACUUACAGUUGUUUAGAGGCUCUAGGGUUAGUUAUCAGGUUUUUAUUUUUCUCUGCAUGGAGUUUUUAGCAAUUUUUGCUGAAACUGUAUAUGUCUACUACAUCUACUAAAUAUGUUGGAUA